AUUAGCUGUAUAUCUAAUUUGAUCAAGAACGAAGCCCCUAACACCGCCAAGAAUUUCCAGGUUCACCAUAACUAAGUUGACGCAGGGGAGGUUACCAUCUCCUCGAAGUUUGUUGCCUUUUCUGUGAACUUUAAGUGAACCCUCCCCCCCCCCCUCAGUUAGUACCGACAAAAGGCAUGUCUUCAAUGAUGGCGCAUGAGUUACAGUCUGUCGCAGUGGUGAAGGUAGACAACCGGCAAUUUCUCAUUCCUGCUAGCCUUCUCCAUCAUCAUUGCCCCAUACUUGGGCCGUGUUUAAGCACAAAUUUACCCCUAAUUCGUGUCAAUAUUGAGGGCAUUAAAGCACCGACGUUUAAACUAAUCGAAAACUAUAUUCGGACCGGACAGUUUCCUGACAUCACGGUGCAAAAUGUCAUCGACCUUUACGCGGCGGCAACGAACCUCGGCAUGAUCCCGCUGGCUAAAAAGUGUCAGGAGCAAAUUUACAAACGCUCCGUGGAAGAUCAGAUGCUAACGUUUUACGUCGAAUGCGAACGAGCCAACAACCCGACGGAUGCUGCAGCCUCCCUGGACAUGAUGUCCAAAACUUUCAAGAAAAUCGCAUUAUCAAAGGGUAUUACUGAGUUAAACGAGACACAACUUAUCAAGGUCAUCGAUAGCGGCCCAGUGAAAAAACGGCCGCAAGCGGAGAGAUUCAUCGCUGUACUCAGGUGGCUUCAAACGGAUUGCCGAGGUCGCUCCGAGCGCGCAAAAAGCCUGUUAUCGCGUUUCAAUCUCAAUGACAAGUCGCUCGCGGGCUGUGAGGUUUGCCCAGAGAUAACAAAGCAUGUGCCGGCGCUGAAGCUACUUGCAAAUUUGCCUCUACCUGAGCUUCAGAGGGUCGGCACUGGUAAAGGGUGCGUUACCGCCUCAACGAGUUUGAAAGGGACUCCGGUAACUACUAUAACUGGUGGUUCAACAGCAGUAACAUCGUCGAGGACUAAAACGGCAGCGACUAAAAGUUUCAAUGCAAAGGUACCACUCCAAAAAGCCAAGGCGAAACAGAAAAAAGUUAACAAAACAAUCACUGAAACGUUUGUCGAAAGCCCAGACAGCGACAUUAGCACGCUUAAAGCUAAAAAGACGAAUAAAGCUUUGAACAAGGUCGUACCGGAGAACUUUAAACAGGUGUACGAAAGCGUUACAACUAAAAGCAGAGGAAACUCUACAAUAGAAACCGGCGGUUUUGUUUUGGCCAAGAAACAGCCACCCGUCGAUGGUGGAAAAUCCAGUCCUUCUUUAAAAGGCGCAGUACAAGAGGAAAGCGAGCGAAAAGGUACGGAUAAGCCUAGCGAAGUUACUACGCCAAAGGGUCGAUCUAGCAGAGAUUCGAGGAAGUCACUUGUUGCUGAUCUGGUGAAAAGGACCACUGCAAAAUUUUCGAAAAAACAACGAAAUAAACCUAUUGAUGCUAAUAGGACAAAAGACCCAGCUAAAAAAAGUCAGGAAACAAAGCUGGCUAUGUUUACGACGCCGCAUGCAGAUAAACCUAGUGAAGCUAGCACGCUAAAGGACCAACCGAAGACAGAGGUGAAGAAAUCUUCUUCUACGAAGGCUUUACAUACAAAUAAGCCUAGUGAUGUAAAUGCGCCUAAGGACCAGACUAGAAAGUCUUCUACGGUCAAAACACCGUCUGCACACAAGCCUAGUGAUGCAAAUGUGUCUAAGGACCGGGCUAAAAGGUCUUCUACAGUCAAGACCCUGCGUGCAGAUAAACCUAGUGACGCAAGUGCCUUAAAGGAUCAAUCUAAAAUAGAUCAGAAAAAAUCCCCCACGGCCAAAACACUGCGCCCAGAUAAGCAUAAUGAAGCGAAUUCCAUCAAGGACAAAGCCAGAAGUUCUAAAAAGUCCACUUCUGCAAAAGCAUCGCAUGGAGAUAAGCUUAAUGAGACAAAGUCCCUAAAGCACAAAGCUAAAAGUCCUAAAAAGUCCCUUGCUGCAAAAGCACCUCGUGCAGAUAAGCCUAGUGAUGCAACUAGCCCAAAAAAACAGGAAAAGAAGAGUUAUAAAAAAUCUGUUGUUGCGAAAACGCUGCGCGUAGAUAAGCCUAGCGAUGCAAGUAGCCCAAAAGACCAGAGCAAAAAAAGUCCUAAAAAGUCUUUUCUUGCUAAAACGCUGCGCACAGAUAAGCCCAGUGAUGCAAGUAGGCCAAAAGACCAAGAAAAAAGUCCGAAAAUGUCUUCUGUUGCCAAAACGCUGCGCGCAGAUAAGCCUAGUGACGCAAGUAGGCCAAAAGACCAAGAAAAAAGUCCUAAAAGGUCUCGUGUUGCGAAAACGCGUCGUAUAGAUAAACCUAGUGACGCAAGCAGCCCAAAAACCGAAGGAAAAAAAAGUUCCAAAAUGUCUUCUGUUGCCAAAACGCUGCGCGCAGAUAAGCCUAGUGAUGCAAGUAGGCCAAAAGACCAAGAAAAAAGUCCUAAAAAGUCUCGUGUUGCGAAAACGCGUCGCAUAGAUAAACCUAGUGACGCAAGUAGCCCAAAAACCGAAGGAAAAAAAAGUUCCAAAAAGUCUUCUGUUGCCAAAACGCUGUGCGCAGAUAAACCUAGUGAUGCAAGUAGGCCAAAAGACCAAGAAAAAAGUCCUAAAAAGUCUCGUGUUGCGAAAACGCGUCGCAUAGAUAAACCUAGUGACGCAAGUAGCCCAAAAACCGAAGGAAAAAAAAGUUCCAAAAAGUCUUCUGUUGCCAAAACGCUGUGCGCAGAUAAAGCUAGUGAUGCAAGUAGGCCAAAAGACCAAGAAAAAAGUCCUAAAAAGUCCCUUGUUGCGAAAACGCGUCGCAUUAGUGACGCAAGUAGCCCAAAAACCGAAGGAAAAAAAAGUCCCAAAAAGUCUUCUGUUGCCAAAACGCUGUGCGCUGAUAAACCUAGUGAUGCAAGUAGGCCAAAAGACCAAGAAAAAAGUCCUAAAAAGUCCCUUGUUGCGAAAACGCAUCGUAUAGAUAAACCUAGUGACGCAAGUAGCCCAAAAACCGAAGGAAAAAAUAGUCCCAAAAAGUCUUCUGUUGCCAAAACGCUGUGCGCAGAUAAACCUAGUAAUGCAAGUAGGCCAAAAAACCAAGAAAAAAGUCCUAAAAAGUCCCUGGUUGCGAAAAUGCUGCACAUAGAUAAGUCUAGAGAUGCAAGUGCCUCAAAGAAUACAAAAAAGAACAAGUCCCGUCCCACCGAGGCCUCACGAGCAGAUAAACCCACUGACGCAAGCACGUCAAAAGACCAAGCCAAAAAAACUCUGAGAAAGUACUUCACGGUCGAUAAGCCUACAAAACCUGCGCCAAAACUUGCGGAUAAGCCCAGCGACCUCAGCACAACCAACGAUCAAGCUAAGAAAACUUCCAAGAAGUCUCGUUUCUCUAAAACAUCAAAAGGGAACGUAGCAGCGCCUACUGUAGCCCAAAAGGCGCCUAGCAACAAGUCGGGUGAACGUAAAAAAUCGGCACAUACUAGUCCCAUCAAAACCAAAAACUCACAAUCGAAAAAACCUAGUAAAGAGGAAAAACCAUAUUUCCGCUUGAUGGCAAAGAAGUCUAAUAAGCCGAAGGCACAAACCUCGCCAUCAAAGCAGUCCACCGAUGCAUCGACAACGAUGGUAGAAAAACGUCAUGAUGUGCUAAAGGCAGGCAGAAACAAGCGACGUGAAGCCAAGAAAUCGCCGACGAAAAGUUCAAGCAAAACUAACAAAACCAAGGUGCACGCGGAAAAACUUGCUAAUGCACAGAGAGUGCCUCAUUCACCGAUGAAAGAAUCAUUGCAAGAUUUAAAGCAGAGAACUCGCAAUGACAAUCCACUUGUCGCAACAUUCGGUUCCACAUUGGCAGGCAAAGGUAAUAACGUCGGUACACCCUCCGAUACGCAAAAAAACCCGAAGAAACGUAAACAUUCAAAAAGGGCAGAUAUUGCUACGGAUCACAAAUGUAACAAAAAGCAUGCCCAGAAACGUAGCGGCCAGACCAGUGCACAGCCGUCAGUUAAGAGUAGUGACAUGGCAACAGAAGUGCCAUUAAGUAAGUGGUACUCCGGAAUUCGUACGGAGCAGCUCCAUCAAGCAAGAAAAGCACCCGGUGGCGAGGAAGUCAGUCGCGCUACGAUUUCCGACAGUGCGGCGAAAAAAAUCGUUAAGAACGGUCCGACUAACGCUCAGCAAUCCGAGAAUUCGGCCUUGAAAGCACCAGCAGCCGCGAUUCCCCAACAGCGAAAUGACAAACCUCAAGGCUCAUUAAAGAAGGGUUUAAUAAAAUGGCCCAGAGGUUGCGGUAAUCACACUAAACAGAAAAAAAUACCGGACGCAAAACUGGCAGAGGCUGGAGUGAAAAAUCGAAAGUCGAAAUCACUGUGGAAAAACCUCAAAAAACCGGCAAAGAUCUUUUCUGGUGGCCACUAAUCAGCGGAAAAGGACUAAUAAAUCAAGUCUGUUUUUAGCGAUAUGAACCUAACCCUGUAUGGAUAGUCAGUUAACAAAUAUAGCACAGGAACUACGCUAGGGCUACGCGAUCUUUGAGGGUAGAGCGAUACACGGAAUGUUCAUUCAAAUAAUGUGCGGAAGUAUAUCUAGUGAUUGUUCAGCGAAUUAGAUAUUAAGCUCUUUAACUUGGUCCAGGAAAGAUUAGCAGUGAAAAAGACAAUCAAUGAAAAGCAUGAACUUAAGGAAAAAAAGUAGUACGUACGGCUAUAUAGGCUGGAGCAACAGCGUCCCAACAGCUCUAGCGAGCAAUUAUGUACACAUUAGGUCUGCCGCGGGCCUGCAUGCUAUAUCUGUCCUUCUGGCCAAAUACGCAUUAACGAAAUGGACAGCUUGAUAUAAAAAAGAAACGAUCUAUAUGAUAACAAAGUAGACAUAGCAAGCAAACUAUUAGACCCGCCUAAUGGAAGUGGAUUAGAGGAUGUACACGCGAACCUUUAGGUACAUUGAUUGCGGCACACAAUUUUACUUUUUUCGUCACCUAAUUAAAAACGACAGAGGUUGUCAGAGACGCUGCUGCCGCCUCACCGAUAGUUCCCUGAGAUUUUGUCCAAGUAAACGUGCUGAAAACUCGACGGUUUACAACAAUGAACCUGCCUAGCAAACAGCCAAUUGAAACGAAGGAUAAUUAAAGCUUAUUUGUGAAGUUGCGUUUUUUAUUGACGGAAGCUUACUGUACCGUGUCGACUUAAGAUAUCUGUUCGAUUGUAUGUCCCUUUCAAUAUUCGGAUAUAAAAUGAAAUGAAGAGCAAACAUAAAAUGAAGGGUUGACGACUGAGGAGUGAAAUGCCAAAGUACGUAACUUAAAACCUGCACGUUUAACUUGUGAACAUUCUUUUACUAUAGUUAAAAACAAACAACGCGCUACGGAAAAUUCAGUAAAACCCAUGUAGUCUUGUAUAGGGCUUUACUAAAGUUGCUUAUGACAUUAUUAUUUACCCUUAAGCGCAAUAAGGGGACGUUUCUACUGAAUUAAGUUUUUUUUUAACAAAUUCUAAAAUAUGACUCUUAGACCUCAAGAAAUCUUUAAUAUAUAUCUUAUAUAUGUAAGAUUUCAAGUAAUAUUACUGCAAUCGACAGGAGUGUAUGUGGUGUAUGCUGCAAAAAAUGCGUCCCCAAAACGAUACCGAGAAGGGUAAUGCAUAGAUGAUACGAUUUUAAUCUCAAUAAUUAUAUAAACUGGGGGCAUGUCUAGGGCAUGUCCUGUAUCCCUGAUGAUUAUAAUUAGUUGUUGCAUUAGUUGAAUGCGCGGGAUGAUUUGCGGAUAAUUAAAAAAAAAGAUCAUUGACCAGUCUCAAUCGGACAUCUACACAGCAUAC